ACGCCAGAAGCAGCUUGGGUCUCUCCAGAGCCCCUUGGCCAUGGCCGCGGUACCCACGGCGUCCGCUCCACAGUGCUCCUGGGGUCCCAGCCACUGCCGCAGCCGCCACAGCCUCUGAGCCCCAGGGGUCACUGCUCGCUGGGAUCCCGCCCGCGGCCGCCGCCACUGCGCAGCCGAGGCUAACCUGCCGCCAGCCAGCCGGGAGGCUCCUGCAACCUUCGCUCGCGGCGAUGACAGCCACCUCAGAGCAGCCGGCUGUGUUCGGACAAUUUGAGAAUGCAAUUGUUGGUUUCCCUGCCCACCCGCCCCGUUUCGCUUGCCAUCACAGCACGCCUGUUGGAUCUCAGUGGAGAAGUCCCGCUGCUCUGCUUCUUCAGCGCUCCAUAUAGACACGCCUAAAACCUACGUAUAUAUUAAAAAAAAAACAUUUAAUAUAACUAACAGUCAAAAGAAAAAAGGAGAGAAAGAAGAGAAACAUUACUGGGUUACUAUGCACUUGCGACUGAUUUCUUGGUUUUUUAUCAUUUUGAACUUUAUGGAAUACAUCGGCAGCCAAAACGCCUCCCGGGGACGGCGCCAGCGAAGAAUGCAUCCUAACGUCAGCCAAGGCUGCCAAGGAGGCUGUGCGACGUGUUCAGAUUACAAUGGAUGUUUGUCAUGUAAGCCCAGACUAUUUUUUGUUCUGGAAAGAAUUGGCAUGAAGCAGAUAGGAGUGUGUCUCUCUUCAUGUCCAAGUGGAUAUUACGGAACUCGAUAUCCAGAUAUAAAUAAGUGUACAAAAUGCAAAGCUGACUGUGAUACCUGUUUCAACAAAAAUUUCUGCACAAAGUGUAAAAGUGGAUUUUACUUACACCUUGGAAAGUGCCUUGACAGCUGCCCAGAAGGGUUAGAAGCCAACAACCAUACUAUGGAAUGCGUCAGUAUUGUGCACUGUGAGGCCAGUGAGUGGGGCCCUUGGAGUCCAUGCAUGAAGAAAGGAAAAACAUGUGGCUUCAAAAGAGGCACUGAAACACGGGUCCGAGAAAUCCUACAGCAUCCUUCAGCCAAGGGCAACCUGUGUCCCCCAACCAGCGAGACAAGGACGUGUAUAGUACAGAGAAAGAAGUGCUCAAAGGGAGAGCGAGGUAAAAAAGGAAGGGAGAGAAAACGGAAAAAACUCAAUAAAGAGGAAAGAAAGGAUACAAGCUCUGACAGCAAAGGUUUGGAGUCCAGCAGAGAGACCCCAGAGCAGCGGGAAAGCAAAGACAGACAGCAGCAGCAGACAAGAAAAGCCCAAGAGAAACAACAGAAAUCGGUAUCAGUCAGCACUGUACACUAGAGGGUCCUGUGAGGUUCUUGUAGACUCAUGAUGCUGCUAUCUCAACCAGAUGCCCAGGACAGGUGUUCCAGCCAUUAGGGCCACAAAUGGACAAUACACCAGUUACUGCUCUGUCUAAACAACAUUCCGAAUAGUUGCUAUAUUCUUCAUACAAGCAUAGUUAAAAGCAAAGAGCCAAACGUUCAAAGAAGGGAUACUUUUAGAUGGUUAUCUUUUGUGCUUCUGUGUAUUUUUAAAAGAUGAGAAAAUUUGUACAUAAUUAUCAAUAAGCUAUAAGCUAUCCUCAAUAUAAUGAGGACACCCAGAGAAGAAACAUCUUUUCCCUAUAAAAAAAUUAUUCGAGUAUUGUUUUUAAGAAGCAAAAGAUAAUUCUGCAACUUCAAGAGGCAGUGUCCCUCCAAGGAAAGGUCAGGGGAGAGAAACAUCGCUCCAAGCACAGGGUGGAUUUGUCCAGGAGAUCUAGUGAAUGCUCAGAAUUAAGGCCUGGUAUUUGGAAUCCUAGAGUUUAUCAUCAAAGAAACAAGUAUUUUAAAGAUGACUUCUAUUGCCCUCAUCCUGUACUUCUGCAAGAAACUGAGCAUACAUAAGAGAAUUAAAUGUACUGUGUGGGAUUGGAGUGAGGCAAGCUGUGGAAGAAGUGACAGAGCUGGAGACCAUCUUUGCUUUUCAGUACUGUGAAGGGUUGUGCUCACCUGGAACAGGUCUCCAAUCUAUGGCAGCACUGUGUGGUUGAUCGCCUGCUACACCUCGGUUUAUAUAAGUCUGUAAACAUGUACCUGUAACUUUCUUCCAAAAGCAAAAACAUACUUAUUAGAAGAAAAUUCUGACUUUAUAGAGAACAAAACUAGAGUGCGGAGAAUGUGACAUGUUUGCAAAAGUGUGUGUUUUCUUUCUUAAUGAAGGAAAAACAAUUUUAUUGCCUGCUUAAGGGUCCAUCUGGAACUAAAGGGAUACUACUUUCUAACAAGGUGUAUCUAGUAGGGGAGAAAGCCACCACAAUAAAUAUAUUUGUUAAUAGUUUUUAAAGCUUCGUUCACUUUGUUUCAUUGGGUAAGAGAGAUUCAAGAACUAGGAAGGUGAAAUCCACUCUAUGGGUGAUCUUUUUCUGAAAUAAUUUAGAAGAUGAGAUUUUCAGUGCUCCCCCCUUCAAUAUACCAUUACCUGAGCCAAUGAAAACUUACUUAUGAUAUGCUAGAAGAUAUUUAUUAAUUUUCUUACAUCAAUAAAAAUUGUAUUAUGGACACAUGAGCCUACCUAAAUGAUCUCACUACCCCCUCUCCUUCAUUUCUUAGAGAUGAGCACCUUGUGUGUUGAUUCCUCCUGCAUCUUCAACAUUUAGCU